GUGCUAGCAUCGAGCAAAGUACUCUCCCAUACUAUUAAUACGCUCUGGUACCUACCUGCUUUCUCCAACCCCUCUUGCAAUCCAUCUACCUUUCUUCCCACCAACAAAACAUCCUAUCAACCACCACCACCCUACCUAUCUCCAAUUCAUCACUUUUCCUAAUCAACUGGAACAAUGUUGCGUCAGGUCUCUCGCCCUCUGUCUACCGCCAGCCGCUCCCUCCGUCUCUCCAGCCGGUCCUUCUCUGCCGUCGCUCCCAAGAUGGGCGCGGGCGAUACUAGCGGUCCUGCGCCUACUGCCAACCGGGACACCUUCGGUCGCCGUGAAGCUGCCGAGGAAGCUGUUUAUAUCCGUCAGCAUGAGCUUGAGAAACUCCGCAAACUGAAGGAAUCCGUCUCCGAGCAGCGCAAGCACCUUGAUAAGUUGGAUGAGCAUAUUGACACCAUGACCAAGGAGCAAAAUGAGAAGAAAUAAUUCGGUCGAUGACACCUGCCUUUUCUAGGUUGAUGUAUUUUAUGAAUAUCUCCCUCUCUUUAGUCUUGACUUGAUGAAAUGAAUUACUACAUACAUACUAUGA